CGCCGCCGCCCUCCCUCCGCCUGCCCCCUCCCCUCCCCGCCUGCUCCCAGCUUACGGAAAAGGAAAGCAUCUGAUGCGUCUGCUCACAUGCCACUUCUGAUCACCCGUUGCCUCUUUACACCGAGCAGGAUCGCCGGGGAAGAUGGAGACGCACUAAGUUGCCCGUAGCGCGAAGUGCUGCAGGACCCGCCGCUCCGCUCCCCGCGAAGUGACACCGCUCCCGGGUGAAGUUGGAGCGCGGCGGCGGCUGAGCGCGGCUCUGUGUUUCUCUCCGCGGCUGUAGGUGGUGCGGAGCGCGGCGAUGAAGAGGCAGCCAGCACCCCGCGGGACGCGCCUGGUGCUCCUCGCCCUGCUGGCGUGGCUGUCUACAAGAUCAGUGCUGGCUGACUCCCUGGAAGAUGAAGCUAAGAAUAACAUCACCAUCUUUACAAGAAUUCUAGACAGACUUCUGGAUGGUUAUGAUAAUCGUCUUAGACCUGGAUUAGGAGAUAGUAUUACUGAAGUCUUCACCAACAUAUAUGUGACCAGUUUUGGACCUGUUUCAGACACAGACAUGGAAUACACAAUAGAUGUCUUCUUCCGUCAGAGAUGGAAGGAUGAGAGGUUAAAAUUUAAGGGCCCAAUGAAUAUUCUUCGAUUGAACAAUUUAAUGGCCAGCAAAAUCUGGACCCCAGAUACAUUUUUUCACAAUGGAAAGAAGUCAGUUGCUCAUAACAUGACAAUGCCUAACAAGCUUCUACGAAUCCAAGAUGAUGGAACUCUUUUGUACACUAUGAGGCUUACAGUCCAAGCUGAAUGUCCAAUGCACUUGGAGGACUUCCCUAUGGAUGCUCAUUCAUGCCCAUUGAAAUUUGGCAGCUAUGCAUACACAACAUCAGAAGUGACAUAUAUUUGGACUUAUAAUGCUUCAGAUUCUGUACAGGUGGCACCAGAUGGUUCAAGAUUAAAUCAGUAUGAUCUUUUGGGCCAAACAAUUGGAAAAGAGACAGUUAAAUCAAGUACAGGCGAAUAUACAGUAAUGACGGCUCAUUUUCACUUGAAGAGAAAAAUUGGUUAUUUUGUCAUUCAGACGUACCUGCCAUGUAUCAUGACUGUCAUUCUCUCUCAAGUCUCAUUCUGGCUGAACAGAGAAUCUGUACCGGCCAGGACAGUCUUUGGAGUUACUACUGUGUUGACAAUGACAACACUGAGCAUCAGUGCUCGAAAUUCACUCCCCAAAGUAGCAUAUGCAACAGCUAUGGAUUGGUUUAUCGCUGUUUGUUAUGCAUUUGUAUUCUCUGCAUUAAUUGAAUUUGCAACUGUAAAUUAUUUCACAAAACGAGGAUGGGCCUGGGAUGGAAAAAGUGUAGUGAAUGAUAAGAAAAAAGAAAAAGCAUCUGUCAUUAAGAAAAACAAUGCCUAUGCAGUGGCUGUUGCCAACUAUGCUCCAAAUAUUACCAAGGACUCAGUGCUACCAACCAUCUCCAAGAGCGCUACAACUGCAGAACCCAACAAGGCAAAACCAGAAGCGAAGCCACAGGAAGCAAAGAAGACAUUCAACAGUGUUAGUAAAAUUGACAGAAUGUCUAGAAUAGUGUUUCCAGUCUUAUUUGGUACUUUUAAUUUAGUGUACUGGGCUACAUAUUUAAACAGGGAGCCUGUCUUACUUGGCUUUGCACCAUCAACCUAAAACCUGAAUUGCACUGAGGACUUAAAACAUCAUUCUAAUCAGAUAGGUUGUCCGCUAUGUACAGUACGACUAAUAACUGCUAAUCCGUGAACCAUUAUGUACAGAGUGUAUAUAGAUGUCUUAUCUGUGUAUCUCCAAAGGAGGGACACAGUGUUAAUUCAUGGGACUGUAAACAGAUAGCACCCAUGGCAAAUAUAGCCAACUCUUUAAAAGUUAUACCCAGGGGAGUUCUGUUAAACAAGGAUUCAAAUAUACAGAAUUAUAUUCUCACCGUACAAAGAAAUAAAGAAAUGAUCCUACAUAAUUAUUUAGGAACAGUAUUUUUUUAAUUUAAAGUUAAAAUAUUUUUCUAUAAAGUAACUAAUUCUACUUUAAUGAAAGGAAUUGUCAUUUAAAAAUGAUUUUUUUAAAAGAGUGUAAUUGUUUCAUACAAUAGCAGUACCCAUGUACAUAGGAGUACGGAGGUCAAACACUUCUGUUGUUCACAAUAAUUCUGGAUACUAGUUAGGCUGAGGAGGUAGUAAAGGCUACUAUAUUGCAAAAGCCACAAGUUUCUUACUUCUGUCCUGUUUGAAGUCGUUAAUAAACUACUACAGUUAAUUUCAGAGAAAAGUAAGUGUUAAUCAGAUUUCUAAUAUUAAUCAACUUUCACUCUUCACUGUUUUCUUAAUUUGAUGUUGCUAAACCAGGUUGUCUGUCUCAACAAAGUUGGAUUUUUCUGUUUCUUGAUUUUUCUGCUUCUUGAUUUUGUCUUAAUUAGAUUAUUGUCAGGUUCAUAAAAGCACUCAGAAAUCUUUCAGGGUGAAGUAUAUCAGUAACAUAAUUCAUUCUUUUCCUUGCUUAGUGUUAUUCUAAAACCUGCCAUUAAAAAAUUUGCCUGCAUUUUUCCCAGAAAGCAUUGUUUUCACAGGGAAAAAGAAUUCAUGAUUUAAGUUCAGGAAAUUGUGCAUAUGAAUAAAAUUUAUUGCUGCUUUUGUAAAUUGCAACUUUACAUUUCGCUGACAUAAAUUUCCAACAACUUUGUAUACUAGAAAUGGUUUUGCUAAGAUUUGAAUGUUAUUUUUUUAAUAAAAGGUCAUUCAUCAUCAGUAGGUAUCAACUGUAUUUCAUAUAUAUGAAUAUAACAAAAUUGGAGCUGCAAUUUGCAAUUUUAUAUGAACAUUUAUUACUGACCAGUAAAACUGUUUUUCAUCUGAGCCUUUGCAAAGAUUCUUUAUGCCCCUAAAGACCUGCUAAAUCAUGACGUAAGUAGUAAUUGUGUACUGCAUUUAGAACUUAGUAUAUGUGGCCAGUCAAAAAUAUUUUGAUUCACACAUACAUUAGCAGUUAUUAGUUGACCUUUAGAAAAAGAUACACCUUUAUGAUGAUGUCUUCUAGUAGACAUAUGUAGUCGUAUAGUGUCAUUUAUUGCAGUUUUGUACAGUACUUGAGUAUAGUGCAUAAAAUAGGUAUGUUCAGAGUUUAACAAAGUUGUAAAAAUAUUUCUAAAAUCAAAUAAAAGAGUAUCUUAAGACAUGGAAAUGUGUUACAAACAACAAAAAGAAACACUGCUUUUAUUUGUUGUUUUAUUUUCUUGCACUUUCUUUGCUUUUAAUGUGAUUCUGUUUUGUACUUUGUGUGACUGUAUAGAUGCCAAGGUCACAAAUGCAUUUUAUGAAUAGAAUUAGUAGUCAAGACAGAGUUAACAUCAGCAAAAUAAAGAAGUCAGCAAAAUAAAGGGAGAAACAUGGACGAGGUGUGUAUCCCUAUAAGUCCCUCUGAUUAAACUCUCAGAUUAAGCCUUUCUCAUCAAUGGUAGUUAAAAAAGAGCACUUUACUCAUAAAAUUAAAAUAAAAAUAUCCUUAUUUUCAUAUAUAUUUAUAUAUAAAUGUAGAUCUUCCAUGUAAUAUGGAGAUGUGUGCAAUAGUGUGAUUAUGAGCAUAAGGCUGGAAGGCAAGCAAUAAAAGAGGUUUCUUUCAUAAUAUAGUUAUACAUUUUUAAAAUGUUUUGUUUGUAAUUAUAAAUUAUCCCUUUAUUGUCACAUUGUCCAGGUAUGAAUAAAUAUAUAAAUAUGUACAUAUGUACAAAUAAUUGUAAAUAUUAGAACUGUAGAAAGUCCCCUUCACUUUUAAUUCUGUUUUUGGCAAAGGGCUCUGACUGUAUAGUUUAAUGGAGGCCCAUGCUUGAUUUUGUUUUCUGUAGCUGAGGUCUUCUUUCUGUGACCUAGUGAGAGUUCUUAUCUUCAGUUCACAUCAGCAAGAUAUAGGGACUCUGAAACUCACUGACUGGGCUUUGAGGAAGAGAAGUUUGUGUUUCAACCUUGGCCACAUCCCAGAUACUCCAAAAGCUUCACAGUGUUCAAAUAAUGUGCAUUUCUCUACGGAUGAUACUGUGUAGUCAGAACUCUCCCAACUAUGAACAUGCCUGUAUUCAGACACAUGUUGGAUUACCUAAUAAGGAAGGAUUUUGCAUCCUUAUACAAGAACAGAUGCCCUCAAAUCUUUUACCUGUACAAGUCCUCUUCUUCUUUCUGGUAGAUAAUAUCUGUGUAAUUUUCCGUUGCAUGCAAAAAGAAUUUCUUCGUUUGCACAAGAGGCCUGGUGCUGUCUCAUAUUAGCCAGCUCUGCUGCUACUGCCUCUAUUGGGUGCAACUGUUCUUUUCAUUCACUGACCAUUUUCUCUAUGUCUUAUGCCUAGAUACAAUCAAGUAAAAGAAGAGGCGUUUAUCAUGUACUGAACAUACUUUUAUCAUGCACUAAUAUAGAAAAAUAAGCUUACUAUAUAAAUUCACUCUGUUAAUCAUGUUAAAUAGCCACAUGCAGUUCCUGUGGGCAUCAGCAUGGUUUUUGAGUGUGUACACUACAUAAAAGGUUCACUUUUACACUUAGCUCAGUUGGUUUGCAUUCAAGCAAUCUCAUGUGGGAGAAAGGAAUCUGCCUUAUUAUUUCACUACUGAAAUACUGAAAAUAAGCAAAUUGAUUACACAUAAAUUGCAAACUUGUAAGACUGACAGCUGGAUAAGUGAACACGGGCAUCAUGCAGGGAAUGCUGAAAAUGGGCCUUCUUUCCAUUUAGUGAUAUAAGUUCUGUGUAUAUUAGUUUAAAGCUUGUUUCAGAAAUGCAUGUGCCAAACACAUAAAAUUUUCUUUUAUUUCAAGUAAGACUUGCUGAUAUUAAACACUUAGAGGGCAUGAGUGAAUAAAUGCAGGUCACCACUAUCAAAGACUUGCGCAUGGAAUCUACCUGUGAAAUUCUGACUGGCAUACUAGUUUAAUUUAUUUUUCCUGUUAUUCUUGAAUCAGGGUGUCAUGUCAUUUUUUAUGUAACUUAAGGAACAAAUAGAUAUAUACAAUGAUACAAUACUGCGGUAAACAUGGAUUGGAAUUAUCUUAAUUCUGAACAAGGUUAAUGGAAUAAGUUUCCAGUGUAGUACUGGAACAUGUAAUUCUGGAUGCAUGUGGACAGUAAUUUAACAGUAAUUUAUAUAUCAGCAUGAAGAAUAUAGAGAUCAGCAGGGUUUAUCAGCCAGGGUUGUCUGCUGGAGGCUUCUUAGCAGAUUGCUUUUAAAACUGGAGUUUCCAGAAUUUUUGAUCAUGUUGUAGCCAAUGAAAUUAACUUUGCCUUCCAUAUCUGGGCAAAUCAACUCGUAACUGCUGCGUCACUGAACAUCUUAAAAAAUUAUUACUGUAGGUGCUGUGAGAUAGGAGCUUUAGCUUGAGAGAUUAUUCAUACCACUGAAUAUUAUGCUAAAUUAAGGAGCUGGUCUGCAUUUAUAGUCAUGGGAGAGAGAACAAAAGCGCUUCAAUAGACGCCAGACAGGAACAUUACCGAAUCACCUUCUCUUCCCAGUGGUUAUAGAUAACAGGGGGUGGUGAGAUUUUAAAGUGGGCUGACUUUUGCCUGUCUGUGUGAAAGCAGCCAGCAGCAGAUGAAAGAAUAUAUGGAUGUAUUGAGGAGGAAAGGUGUAAAGAGAAGAAAAUGACAGUGUUACUCUGUCUGUGGAUUGUAAGAUGAUAGAUGAAGAAACUAUUGAAGGAGAUAAUGUGUAUUUUUUUUCAGGUUCAGUUCUCAGCUUUCAUUGCUAUAUGUGUGUUGUGGGAAAGUAACUUUUAGAGCAUGUGAAACUGAAAUACUUCUUGCAUAAUUCUGCUGAACUUGAGGGAAAUGAUUUGUGCCUUUGAAAUGGAGAGGUUUCUACUGACUACUUACAAAAACCAUGCAAAAUGUUGUGUGCUUCCUGCCAUUUCUGAGAACUAAGGCAGAAGGGGGAAAGAGGCUUCCGGAGUAAAGCAGAAAUUUGUUAAUACCAGGCUUUAUUUCCUUAAGAGGUGUGACUUUCACUUAUGCACAGAUAGCCAAUAUUCAUCCUCCAUACUAUUCUGAAAGGUUAGUAGGGCACAAGUUUUUGGUUUUUUACAAAAUAGACGAAGUUUAUACUUCUGUCCAUUCCUAGCGAAUUUGAAUGAAAGACAAUUUCAGUAUGGAUGUGAAGAGGCCAGCUCAUAAUGUGCAAACAUAUAACACUAAAUUAGAUAGGUAAUACAGUGAGUUUUGAAACAAAGUAAGAUAACAUUCUAAAAUGAACCACUAAAGCUACAUGGCUUCAUUAAAACAAAAAUCAAAGCAAAACAAAAGCAAGAGUAUGAUAAAAAUGCAAUUGUCUGAACAAAUCUAAAAUAAAGUAGAAUCUCUAAAUGUGGUAAAAUGUAACCUUGAAACAUUAAAAUGAGAGAAAAAAGGCAUGUCACGCUUCAGCCUCCAAUAAAGGGAAUGGCUCUUUAGAAAGUAGACUUUGGGGAUUCCUUUCACCCCUUCAAAAUGACAAUGUAUCUUUAGCUAGAAUGCUGUUAAUUUGCAGUAAAACCUUAAGCAUCCCUUUAACAUUUCCUUCUAUUUUUUUUCUAGUCCUGGGGAUCUUCCCUUACGUCAUUUCUGCAGAUAACCCAAACUCCCUACCAACCAGAACUUUUAACUCUGCAGUUAUGAAUUCUAAUAUUAAUUCCAGCCUUCUGAGGAUCAGUGACUGUCUUCAUUGCUUUAGAACUAAAGCAGUUAAAUUUAACUUAAAGUCUCAAAAGUUUGUUUCCGUGAAUGGCAUACGUUAAGUAUAGAAAAAGUUUGUUUUCCUUUAUUUCAUUUAAUUUUCUUUCUUCUAGAUUUAGAUCUCUCUAGGUGAAUUCUUGUACUGAGUAAGACCUAAUCAGGUCUAAGUAAGACCUAAUCAGGACUGAGAUCAGAGUAAAACUUGGACUGAAUUUAAAGGAAAACUGAUAAGGAAGUUACUUGAUAUCACUGCAGUCGCUAAUCUUGUUUUUUCUGGAAGGGCAAUACACCUUAGAGUAUACUUGGGCCCUCCUUUGGAUAGAGAGUUCUCUAACCCAAGAAAAAUCUUAAAAGAGGAACCAACCGUACUGAAAUAUGAGACGAUGUCAGUUUUAACCCUGGUACAUAUUAAUGCCUUUUAAGAGUAUUUUGAAAGUGCCGUGAGUUAGGAGUGGGUGCUAACACUCUCAAAAAGGAAUUUGGAAGAUGUUUUAAAAUAUGCAAGAUUAUGUAUACUCUUUCUCUGCUGUUGGUGUCCACAUAAAUAUAUAUGAAUAUAUUUUUAUUGUUGUAUGAUUUAAAAGUUAUAUUCUGUUUUCAAAUUUAAAAUCCUUGUAUAACACUUAAUUCUUCACUUGAUUGAGUUGCUUGGAGCACGUGUUUAUGCAUUCAAGAUGUUUAAUGAUUGCACAGUGUGCUUUCAUUCAUCUGAUAUACAAAGAGGUAAGAUUCAACAAGUUGAAGUGUAUUUGUUUUCCAGUAUUUCAUCCAUCUAUCUAUUCUGUUGGGGAUGGAGAGAAUGGAACGAGAUAAUGCUUUGAUCAACUGCUUUUGAUAUUCUUUAAUAGAUGUUCAUUUUUGCUGAAUUUAUUAGUUUAUAGGCUACUAUAGCUUAGUAUUAGCAUGGAAUGCAAUGUAGUACUUUACAUCUAUUAGAAUACACGCAUACAAUAUGCACCAUAUCUAUAAACUGCUAAAAAAUCAGUUCCUAAAUGUUUCUUCACCUUCUACCUUCCAGCAUAGUCACUUUAUUAGGAAACUUUAAAGGCACUUUAAUUUUAAUGAAAGUGAUUAGAUUAAAUAUGAUUUAAAAAAGUAAUAAAAAUAAUGUGGAGUCUGAUUCAGACAUUAACAAUUUCUCAGCUGGACUGCAGUCAGAAAACAUUUAUAUAUUGAAUAACAAAUUUAUUUUAGAGAGUCACUUAGAUGUGAAAAUGUAUGGGAGUGUGAAAAUACAUGUUUCCAGUGUAUUAACAAGAAAUAUGGAAAAAGGAAGAAUGGAACCGAUAAUUCUAAAGAAAAUUGAACACCAAUCAAAUAUACACAGUAAGAAACUGCAUGAAAAAUGUAAGUAUUCUUAACCUUGAACAUCAACAUCAUGUAAAAUCUUCUGGGUGAAAGUUCACUUAUUUAGUAGGUUUCAUAGUUACAAAUAAUUAAAGAGGAUGAUAAUAUUCUGUAAUUUGUGACCUUGUUUUAACUGGAAAAAGUUGUUACUUUUCUAAAAUGUAAAAGAAAU